UCUCGCGAGAUGAGUCCUUCAACAUUGUACGUGGCGACGAACCAGCCACUAGCUGCAUAGUACCCAUAAAUAUUAUUUUUGUGAACAACAGUUCAGAACUGGUACGAUUUAAAACGUAACCAGGUAGCUGUUUGUUGCUGGUGUCCUUGGUUACAUAUGAAUAUUAAUUUGUAUGUCUCAAGGGCAAGGUUGUCCUGUUCCGACAGAUCAAUCGCUGCAAGUUCGCGAGUCACAACAUAUUUGCUCGUGGUCGAGCUAGCUACAGCUCGUAUCGAAUAACAAGUUUAGUGGCUUGUUUAUCAAUAUGGCAAAUCUGGAGACAUCUACUGAAUUUGCCAAUUCUCUGACCAGCGUGAACCUUCCGCCACCACGGACACGAAUCUUCAAGAUCAUCGUGAUUGGGGACUCUGGUGUGGGCAAGACAUGCCUCACCUACCGAUUCUGUGCAGGCAAAUUCCCAGAGAAAACCGAGGCCACGAUCGGGGUGGACUUCAGGGAGAAAGUUAUCGAGAUUGACGGCGAAAAAAUAAAGGUCCAGCUGUGGGAUACAGCCGGACAGGAACGUUUCAGGAAGUCUAUGGUACAGCACUACUAUCGAAACGUCCACGCGGUGGUCUUCGUCUACGACAUGACCAGCGCCGCCAGCUUCCGCAGCCUCCCGGCUUGGAUCGAGGAGUGCAAGCAGCAUGCUCUGGGACAGGAAGUGCCCAGGAUCCUGGUGGGAAACAAAUGCGACCUCCAGGACUCCAUCCAGGUGGGCACGGACCUGGCGCAGCAGUUUGCCGAUACUCACUCUAUGCCCCUGUUUGAGACGUCUGCCAAGAACCCAACGGCUGGCGUGGACGGAUCCAUCAACCAGCGAGGAAACAGCGACCAUGUGGAGGCCAUCUUCAUGACAGUGGCGCACAAGCUCAAGUCCCAGAAACCUCUCAUUCUGAGCCAGCCCCCCGGCAGUGUCGGGGGACACACAGUGACCCUAGGUAGGGGGGGUGGCCAGAGUGAUGAGAAGGGUGGCUGGGGCUGCGGCUGCUGAGUGAGAAAAAGAGAAAAGGGACAGGAAGUAAGAAAGGGAGAAUGAGGGAUAUAGGAAAUUGAAGAAUCAGAGGUGAUUGUGAGGAAAGCACAAUUUCCACACUGCCUGUUAUCUUGCCUUUCAACUCAACAAUCAAAAAGCGCUUUUUUUUUAUCAUAUCUUUUCUGAAAUAUUUGAAAACAUACUAUUUGAAAAGACACUGUUUGAAGGGAAUUAUAACUUGUCAGGGUCUAUCAUCCAUAUUGAUAAAAAAAUACUUUUAUCAAUUGUGUGUGAACCCAGUGAACAUUUGAAGGGAUAACACACAUACCUCUAUCCUAGUCAGGCCCUAGCCAUAGAAAUCAGUCAGGCACUUCCAAAUAUAAAAUACAUUCAUAGGUAUAAUGGAAAAACACAAUUAGUCACCCUCUGCUUUGUUGUAAGUAGAUUUCUUUCUUGGCCAGUGAGUAAGAUGUGUGGGCAGGGAAAGUAUUCUGCUUUAGCUCUAGAACAAGUUCAACAAGUUAAGGAUUUCUUUCACUAUGUAACAAUCUGAAGCAUGUCUAAAAUACAAUCUAAUACAGUAAAACAAUAUAUAUAUAUACAAAAAGAAACAUACUUUAACUCUACUCUUACAGUACUUAACUAUAGCCUACAGUUACACAUCCACCAUAACCCUUGCUAUAUUCAAACCCAGUUUUGUGGUGUUACCCUAAGGUCUUUUACAUAUUUUUAUUUAAUCGCUGUUACUUUAUUUCUGUAUUUGGACCUCAGCAGGUUCUGUGGCCCAUUUAUGAAACAUUUUUAUUUUGAUAUUGUCCAUUGAUAAAAGAUUUUCAGGUGUGUAUGGUAUGGAAAGAAUGUUGAUAAACCCCAAAAUGAUUCAGAGCUUGGCACAGUGUGUUAUGAUUUGGCCAACUGACCAUGUAAACUGUCUAUCAUCUUUUCCCAAGGUAAAGACAAUGGAUUUGACUCCUUAUUUUGAAUGAAAGCCAACAUGUGUCAUUGCCUAUGACAUAUUAAUUGGUUAGUUGACUAAGGAGGAGUUGCAUAAAAAUCAAAUGAUGCUCUGUUGAAGUUUGCUGUGCCGUGUCUUAGCUGGUCUGAUCACACAGCUUCCUGGUAGUGGUCAGUUGUAUUAGCGUCUUUGUCUAAAUGAGCAGUGUACUAUCUUCAUGGCCAGCAUAGGACUCCAUUUACACCGUGGUCCAGAUUUAGUUUUUUCUGAAACAGGUAACUUACAUCAUUUACAUUGUGCCAUAAACCAUGCUCUUUCCUUGUGUGAAAACAAGUUUGGCCUGAUACUGUAGCAAUAUUUUACAAUUGAGCUGACAAAAAAAAAGCCUCCUCACAAAAGUCAGAUAAGGUUUUAUAGACAUAGAUACAUUUGACCCAAAGGCUUGUUAAACGCAGAUAGCCCUGAAAAGUAUGACGUUGAGACAUUUUAUAGGGAUCUAGUGGAAGUCCUAUGUUGGUGGUUUAAUAUUCAGUUUUGUUAUGGUUCUUAUUUCCAUUUUUCCAGUCCAACUUGGGUCCAAACAACUACUGUUUUCUGUGUAAUAACCAUUUAGUGAAUUUAUGUACAUAUUCAUGUACAUUAUCAGCCCCAUAUCCUAUGUUCAAGUGUGUUUCACUAGCUACAUUGAUCAAGUGAAACAAGAUAAGCAGCAUACUCAGUCUGGUUGACUGGGUUAACAAAUACACUGGCACUGAAUAUUACAUCUGUUUUUAAAUCAGGUCACUCAUGCACUGACUGUACAGGAACAGUGAAUCGAAGUGAAU